AUGUAUCAGACAGAAAAGGCAUUCACUGUGCAAACGGUGUGUGUUUUGGGAGACAAUCACUACUGCAUUGGCAUUGAAUCGCAUCGCAAACACUGGUCUACGAGUCGUGCGAAGCCAUUGUCACUCCAGAAGAAGAUCACCGCCGAAGAGAUGAUGAAAAUAGAGGAAGUGAAGAAUGUGUCGAAGAGUGCGCGUAUAUCAGCGCACAGUCACGUGAAAGGUCUCGGACUUGACGAGUCGGGCGCCGCCAUUCCGGUCGCCGCCGGUCUCGUGGGACAGGCGUCCGCCCGAGAGGCGGCCGGCAUUGUGGUAGAAUUGAUCCGAAUGAAGCGAAUGGCGGGUCGGGCGGCGCUUUUGGCGGGCCCUCCCGGCACCGGCAAGACUGCCAUCGCGCUGGCCGUGAGCCAGGAGUUGGGCUCAAAGGUGCCCUUCUGUCCAAUGGUCGCCUCAGAGGUGUACUCGACUGAAGUGAAGAAGACUGAGGUCCUGAUGGAGAACUUCCGACGCGCAAUAGGGCUGCGCAUCAAAGAGGUGAAGGAGGUCUACGAGGGAGAGGUGACCGAAAUGACGCCCACGGAGACGGAGAACCCGUUGGGCGGCUACGGGAAGACCAUCUCUCACAUCGUGAUCGGCCUGAAGACAGCGAAGGGCACCAAACAGUUGAAACUCGACCCCAGUAUCUACGAGAGCCUCCAGAAGGAGCGCGUGGAGGUCGGGGACGUCAUAUACAUCGAGGCGAACAGCGGGUCCGUGAAAAGGCAGGGCCGCAGCGACGCCUACGCCACGGAGUAUGACUUGGAGGCCGAGGAGUACGUCCCCAUCCCUAAGGGCGAUGUGCACAAGAAGAAGGAGGUCGUGCAGGACGUGACGCUCCACGACUUGGACGCGGCCAACGCCCGGCCACAGGGAGGGCAGGAUAUCCUAAUCAGAGCCCAAACGGAAAGCAUUUACAUCGAUGACGAGGCACUGGUACACCUGUCGGAGAUCGGCUCCAAGACUUCGAUCAGGUACGCGGUGCAGCUGCUGAGCCCAGCCAUGCAGUUGGCGCGCGUCAACCAGUGCUCGACCAUCGAUCUGAAGGUUCUUCGCGAAGUGAAUGAACUGUUUUUCGACGCCAAACAGUCCGCGAGAGUAUUGGCCGAACAUAACUCCAAAUAUAUGAAAUAA